AUGUCGUUCGAAGGCAAUGGCAUGGGGGACAGCGCUAAUGUGCUUGCCGAGUAUGAUUUUAGUGAUGUGAGGCCGGUUGAGAUUGGUUCGGAAUCUAACGAUGGUUUGUGCGAGAUAAUGUACUCGGAAGACUAUAAGAAGCUUGCAGGCCUGCUUCAAGGAUUAUUAAACAAGGGUGAGAAGUCACAAAGGGCAUUGGAAGUGACGACUGUGUUUUUAGACAUCUCCCCUGCAUAUUACACGGCAUGGAAUUACCGUUUUAUGAUUAUUAGCGAACUUUACGGCAAAGAUAGCGGUAGUUUGAACAAAGAAUUGGAUUGGUUAGAUGAGUUUACCCUCAGUAAUCCUAAAAACUACCAAAUUUGGUCAUAUCGGCAGGCGUUAAUGCAAUUGCACCCAAGCCCUAGCUUUAGCAGGGAACUGCCUAUAUUACGUAUGAUGUUAGACGACGACACCAAAAACUAUCAUGUUUGGUCCUAUAGAAGAUGGGCUGUGCAACAUUUUGGAGAUUUUUCGGAAGAACUUAAGUUUGCGGAAGAUCAUAUAGAUCGGGAUGUCUAUAAUAACAGCGCAUGGGCGCAUAAAAUGUUUGUUUACAAGAAUUUGGGCUUAGACGAUCAGUCUAUUGCGCUUGAGGUUGAAUAUGUAUGUGAAAAGAUCAACAUGGCUCCGCAAAACCCCAGCACUUGGAAUUACCUCAAGGGCCUUUAUGAACAGUUCAAGAGCGGUGAUUAUAGCAACGAAAUUAUUCACUUCGCACUAACGUUUGUUAAUGGAUUUUUUGACGAGGAAAAUGAAGCGCCCGAGAUCCAGUCAUCCUACGCUUUAGAGCUUCUUGCUGAACUUUACUCAAAAAAAAACGACACUAUUCAUAAGGCUAAAAAAGCUUAUCAGACAUUAAGCUCUACAUAUGAUCCUAUAAGAAAGAACUAUUGGCAGUAUCGUUUGAAUAUGCUUGUCUAA